ACGAGGGGUUGAGGGCUCGUGCGCGUCGGCAGGCCACGUGGCGAUGGGGGGCAGCGCGCGGAACCCAGGGGCCCUGCAAGGGGACAACGCUUCCGGCCAGUCUCCAUACCAGAGGUUAAGUCGGAGGAUGCGCGACAUUUCCGGGGACCGGGGCGUGUUGAAGGAUGUCAUCCGAGAGGGUGCUGGAGAGCUGGUGACACCCGAUGCUUCCGUGCUAGUGAAAUAUUCCGGAUAUCUGGAGCACAUGGACAAGCCUUUUGAUUCUAAUUGCUUUAGGAAAACUCCUCGCUUGAUGAAACUUGGAGAGGAUAUUACACUUUGGGGCAUGGAACUGGGCCUUCUGAGCAUGCGGAGAGGAGAGCUGGCCAGGUUUCUGUUCAAACCAGCCUAUGCCUAUGGAAUGCUGGGCUGCCCUCCCUUGAUCCCCCCAAACACUACUGUCCUGUUCGAGAUUGAGCUGCUUGACUUCCUGGACUCCGCUGAGUCAGACAAGUUUUGUGCCCUUUCAGCUGAGCAACAAGAUCAGUUUCCACUUCAGAAGGUCCUAAAAGUGGCAGCUACCGAACGGGAGUUUGGCAACUAUCUUUUCCGCCAAAGUCGUUUCUAUGAUGCCAAAGUGAGGUAUAAACAGGCCUUGCUGCUGCUUCACCGGCGAUCAGCACCCCCUGAAGAGCAGCACCUGGUGGAAGCAGCCAAGCUUCUUGUCCUCCUUAACCUGUCCUUUACAUACCUGAAGCUGGAGCGGCCCGCCACGGCCCUGCGUUAUGGAGAACAGGCUCUGAUCAUUGACCGGAAGAAUGCCAAGGCCCUCUUCCGGUGCGGACAGGCCUGUCUUAUCAUGACUGAGUAUCAGAAGGCUCGAGAUUUUCUAGUCCGAGCCCAGAAGGAACAGCCCUUCAAUCAUGACAUCAAUAAUGAGCUGAAGAAACUGGCCAGCUAUUACAGGGACUACACAGAUAAAGAGAAAGAAAUGUGUCACCGAAUGUUUGCUGCUUAUGAUAAUGGCUCUACAGUAGGAGAAAAUUGAAGGUGGAUUUUUCUGGCUGAAACAGUGGACACAAAUGCUACAUUAUCUUAACUGUACAUCGCCAAUUUCUAGUGAAGUUGAGCGGCUUUUUGUGUUUUUAAUUGGCUCUCUCUACUGUUAAAGCAACUUGCCUCUUGAUCUCCUUUGCCUGUUCUCGUUUUGGGUCUUUAUAUUUGUAAAAACCCUUUUUUAUGUGAAGGAUGUUAAUUAAAUGUUAUGUAACUUGAAAUAUUC